CUGUGUGUGUUGUGUCAAAAGUAUCAAAAAUGGCGGCGGACGGUGACGAAGUGAUAAGUGAUCAAGAAAAAGUGAGAAUCGUUUCUGAUUUUAUAUUACAUUCACCACCAGGAGAGUUCAAUGAGGUCUUCAACGAUGUGAGAGUGUUAUUAAACAACGACAGCCUUUUAAAGGAAGGCGCGAGUGGCGCGUUCGCACAGUACAAUAAGGACCAGCUAACGCCCGUGCGCCUCGAAGGCUCUGAGCUCCAUACUCUAAUCACUGAUCAUAAUGAGCUCGGUGGCGGGAGAUUCUUUGAUCCACGUUCGAAGCGGUCAUUCAAAUAUGACCAUUUGCGGAAAGAAGCGUCGGAGUACGAACCGUACGAACCCGAUAAGGUCGCGGAGCCGUGGCGCGCGGCCCUUGACGAGGAGCUGACAGGGUACGUAGCGAUGCACUACAAACACGGUGCGAGUUUAGUGGUUGGCCGUGCGCUCGAUAAUGGUGCUGUUUCGUUGGUGGCGUGCAUCGAGGAUCAUCAAUUCCAACCGAAGAACUACUGGAACGGGCGGUGGCGGUCGGUUUGGUCGCUAACAGUGGGCGCGGGCGCUGCAGAGCUCCGUGGCAUGUUGCGCGUUCAAGUGCACUAUUAUGAGGAUGGUAACGUACAAUUAGUCAGCUCUAAGGAAGUGAAAGCGCCGUUAGUGGCGACGGGAGAGGCUGCCACUGCGAAAGAGUUUGUACGGCUCGUGUGCGACGCGGAGAAUUCGUACCAGACGGCCAUUUCCGAUAAUUAUAAAACCAUGAGCGACACCACAUUCAAAGCCCUAAGGAGACAGUUGCCAGUGACCCGUAGCAAGAUCGACUGGGCCAGGCUUGUCUCCUACUCAAUUGGCAAAGAAUUAAAGAGCCAAUGAUGUCUUGCCGCUGCGCUCUGAGCCGCAGCGGCCGCUCCACGCCUCUGUACAUAUAUGCGUAAGAGUAAAUCUUGUUCAAAUGUUUACGGGCCCCGGGGGCGUAUUGGACUACUCCACCGCACUCCCGGGGCAUAUUUAUCUAUGAAUAUAUAGAGAAAUCGCUAUCGUAACUGUUAAAUUUUAUUGCAUUUUGUUACUCUCAGAAUAAUUGAUUGUAAUGGCAUAAGGGUCAACUGUGAAGGACUAGGACAGUUUGCUCUCUUGUUUUUCAGAAGAGACAGUCAUUCAACGAGUCAUGUCCAUUUUCUGUUUGUAGACUUGAGAUUUUACUGUUUAAAGUUGUACUUAGGUGUGGACCUACAGUAGAGUAGCCUCUAUCUGUUAGAGUAACUCCGUAGGUCUAGAGGACUCCAAUUACGGACUGAGACAUCAAAUUUUGAUUAUGAUUAAUUUAUUGCUUUUUAAGAAUGAUUGUUGUGUAAGCAAUAUAGCACAUUUUUUUAUUACAUAAAAUUGAAAGUAAGUCAAUUAGAACAAAAUGUUGUUGCUAAAUCAGAUUUAAAUGUUACAUACAUGUCUUGAUCUUGCAUGAUACCUACCAUACAAUAUUCCCUGACAGAUCAGUAUUAUCCUGGGAUAUUGCUUGCACGACAGAGUGCCCGUGUCAGAGAACAGGAAGGGACGAGGAAUGGUUUCCAAUGGUGCAUUUAAUUGUAGUUAAUUUAAAAAAUUGUCCACUUAGCUUUAAUGCAGUGUUUAUGAGCAUAGAGCACAAUAUAUUCAAUAUUUUUCAAUUAAAAACUAAUGUGGAGUGUUGCUCAAAUGUAUGGUAACUAAUACAGAGAAAAUGAAAAACAUAGUAAAUUAUUGUCCAUACAAAAUGGCUUUGAGAGUGCGAAUGGAAGCGUAAAACUUUUUUUUAUAAUAUAUGUAAUAAUUAUAAUGCCAAUAAGGAUUAUUUUGUAAUUAUUAUAAUUAUUUUAAUAAAGAACGUACAUUAAAAAUUCAAGUAUUCUGUAAUGUAUGAUUGAAUUCAUUUGAAUAAAAAUAUAUAUUAAAAUGUUGCUAACUA